GUGGGUAAUAGGAGAAAGAUUACAGCAAACAUGGCGGCGACCUCAGCCGGACGCGUUUUGACUCUUUGCAAGCAGUUUCAAAAUGCUUUCAGGAUAUCUUCAGCGACCGUUCCUCAGCACCCUGCCCUCAGUUUGACUAAAUGUCCGUCUUAUCUUUACAGGCAGAGGUCCUCUCUCGCUGCCCCGCCGUGGCUCCGUCCCGCCGGCUGCCUGGCUCAGGAUCGCGCGCUGCACACGAGCAGCAGCAGGCGGGGGCUGGAGGAGUUCUUCGACCUCCCUGAGAACUGGGGAGAGACCACAGUCAAGUCAGGUGCACCAUGGACUGCCAAACUGCUGAGAGCAAAAAGCAACGAAGAUUUACACAAACUCUGGUAUGUGCUAUUGAAAGAAAAGAACAUGCUGCUUACAGUUGAGCACGAAGCAAAGAGGCAAAGGGUUCCCAUGCCCAGUCCAGAAAGGAUAAGGAAGAUCGAACGCUCGAUGAUCAGGCUGGAGACAGUGGUGAAGGAGAGAGAGAAUGCCCUGCGGCUGCUGCAGACCGGACAGGAGAAGAGCCGGCCAGGCGCCUGGAGGAGGAAUGUCUUUGGCCAGGUCUACUGGCAACGGUUCAGAGAGCACGCCAUUCCCUGGUACAUGAACACGAGGUACAAGCGGAAGAAGUUCUACACACCAGGAUUUGUUGAACCACACGUAAGGCUCCGUAUCGAGAAGCACCUCCGGGCGAGGGCCAGGAGAGCCAGCUUAGAGAAGAAAAAGCAGAUCAAACUCGAGGAGAAGUUUCCGCUCUUGAAGGCGUCAACAUGAUGUGUAGAAAUAUCAGUCGACCCAGCAUCUGUCCACUUCUCCAUGUUUCAUGUUUGUUGUCCCGCCUAAAAGUAUAUUUGGGUCAGCUUUCCUCAUUUGGUCCUUUAACCAGUGUGUGCUGAAAUGUAUUGUUUUCUGUAUUGUUA